AUGACUAGAGCUAUCCUUGAUGAAGCUGUAAUGGAAAUCCCUAAGGAUGACCUAGUCAUAAUUGGUGGUGACUUAAAUGCGCAUGUGGGGAAAGCAAGAGAUAGCUACAAAAGGCAUCAUGAAGGUUUUGGAUAUGAAGAAAGAAAUGAUGAAGAAGAGCACGUACUAAUAUUUGUGCAAGCCUUCGACCUUGCCUUAACCAACACCUACUAUAGGAAAAAAGACAGUCAUUUAAUAACAUACGAAAGUGGUACAAGGAAAGCACAGAUUGAUUACAUGCUAAUCUCUCGCAGAAGAUUAAAAGAUGUAAUAGACUGCAAAAUCAUUUAA